CAGCACAGAGAUGGGGAUGAUGGGGAAGUAGAUCUGCAGCAGUGACUCAUGAGGAGGAGGACAAGGAGGAGGAGGCAGCAGCCAUACACACACACUGCACACACAUUGCACACACAUCCAGCACUCCAGCAACGUGCAGAGCCCAGCACUGCAAGCCUGCCUCGAAGAUUUACUUGAAAGUAUAAUUCGACAAGAGACAUGUAACAACAGCAAUAUUUCAACCGUUCCUCAAGAAGAAUCCAGAUGACUACACAACUUUGAGGAAGCUGCCUUCUUAGUCACCAUGUACAUUGUGCUCUCAUGCUGAAAUGAACAUGAUGAAAACAGAAGCGCAAGUCGAGCGUUCGACCCUACGGAGUGCCUCGCCCCACAGGAAUGCCUAUAGGACUGAGUUUCAGGCGAUCAAGAGCACCUUCGAUAAACCAAAAGCUGACGGAGAGGAAAAGUCGAAACAGGAUGGUGAUGUGCCCCAAACGCAGCAGACCCGGGGACGCCGUUAUGGGUCCAACGUCAACAGGAUCAAAAACUUGUUCAUGCAGAUGGGCAUGGAGCCAGGUGAAAACAAUGGAGUGGAGAUUAGAAAGUCCAAAAGCACGGCAUCGUCUCCCCAAAGGAAAGCCAAACCCAGGGACGUUUCGGAAAAGAAGGACGUAGCGGACGCGAAGCUCAAGACUGCUAUUUCGGAACGGAUUAGCCGCUUUGACACUUUGGAUGGACCUUCCUAUUCCAAGUUUACAGAAACCCGGAAGAUGUUCGAAUACAGUGCUAAUGACUCCGGGCACUGUGGCCGCUAUUCUUCGAGGAAGGAGAGACAGAGAUCUAGUGAACUUUUCGACGAAGGGCGCGGAAGUAAGUCAAACAGGGGGAGCACCGAUUCUCUGGACAGUCUUAGCUCGAGGACCGAGGCCUUGUCGCCAACUGUGAGCCAACUUAGUGCAGUUUUUGAGAACAAUGAUUCCAAUAAUCUGGAGAAAAAUGAGAACGAUGAAGGUUAUUCAGUGACUGGACAUUACCCGAUGAACAUCGUAACCUCCCCAGUUACCAGUUUUGAUGGUUAUGGGCAUUCAACUGAUGCAAAUUCUUGGUCGCCAUCAAGGGAAACUGACACAGACACUGAUAUUACUCAUCAGAUGAACAGGGAAAUGAUGAGAGAAGACGGCCAUAUCUCAAUCAAAGAGGUACAAAGAGAAAGCAUUGGUUGCAGUACGUCAAACGACCACAUAACCCUGAAGAAUGAUGUCGCGGAUGGAACUGAUGAUGGACCUCGCAAUAGACACGUGAAAAAAGGCGAUCCUACGGUACAACAAAGCAAUUUGUCAGAAAGCUUCACAAACGCUUUCGAAAGGACUAAAUCGGUAGAAUCACCGACGGCCUUGGAAACAAAUGAGGCUGCUAGCCAAGCCUCCCCUGCUCCGGUGUCCCUUGACGUUGGCACAAGCAUUACCAGCGACUUGAAUAGUUUGUCCACUGUCCAAUCAUAUGAUCACUCCAGCUAUAAUGUUUACAGAGUGCGUUCGCGGUAUAAUGCAGAGUGGGAGGAGACAGAACCUGGGGACGAUGAUGACAGUGAUGAAAAUAAGUCAUACGAGCCAGACAUGGAAUAUUAUGAGAUCCCUGGAUUACCAGAAGAAGAUGAGGUUCCAACUCAGAGAAAGAUUAAAUUUAGUAAAUCGCUGAUAAAGGUGUUCAACACAUACUCCAACGAAGACUAUGACCGGCGGAAUGAUGAAGUGGACCCAGUAGCAGCUUCGGCGGAAUAUGAGCUGGAGAAACGCGUGGAAAAGCUUGAUAUAUUCCCAGUGGAUCUAGAAAAAGAUGAAGACGGUCUCGGUGUUAGCAUUAUCGGAAUGGGAGUUGGCGCUGACACAGGCCUGGAGAAACUUGGAAUAUUCGUUAAGACAGUCACAGAAGGAGGGGCAGCUCAAAGAGAUGGACGGAUCCUCGUCAACGAUCAGAUCUUGGAAGUGGAUGGGAUUAGUCUUGUUGGCGUCACUCAGAACUUUGCAGCAACUGUUCUUCGAAACACCAAAGGAAAAGUCAGGUUCAUUAUAGGCCGUGAGAAACCGGGACAGAUUAGUGAGGUCGCCCAGCUAAUCAGCCAGACGCUGGAGCAAGAGCGCCGUCAGCGGGAGAUGCUGGAACAACACUAUGCACAGUAUGACGCAGAUGACGAUGAGACGGGAGAGUACGCCACAGAUGAAGAAGAUGAAGAUGUUGGUCCGGUCAUCCCGGGAAGAGAAAUGGCCAUUGAAGUUUUUGAUCUUCCCGAAGGAGAUGAGAUGUUUUCCUCUGAUGUGGAUGUAACAAAACUGGCUCACAAGUUUAAAGAGCUACAGAUUAAACAUGCCGUCACCGAAGCUGAGAUUAAGAAGCUGAAAGCCAAGCUACAAACGGCGGAGAAUGAGAAGGUGAGGUGGGAGCUGGAGAAGACACAACUUCAACAGAACAUUGAGGAAAACAAAGAUAGGAUGAUGAAGCUGGAGAGUUACUGGAUUGAGGCCCAGACGUUGUGCCACACGGUGAACGAACAUCUGAAGGAAACACAGAGCCAGUACCAGGCCCUGGAGAAGAAAUACAACAAGGCCAAAAAACUGAUCAAGGACUUCCAGCAAAAAGAGGUUGACUUCAUGAAACGGCAAGAGGCCGAAAAGAAGAAGAUUGAGGACAUGGAGAAGGUUCACUUUGCUGAGGUUCAGAACUUGCAUUCCCGGAUCAAGGACCUGGAAGCAGAGGUUUUCCGGCUCCUCAAGCAAAACGGCAGCCAGGUCAACAAUAACAACAACAUUUUUGAAAGUCGGACAUGCCUUGGCGACGACCCCGUAUCGGCCGAAGACUUGGGCGAGACCAAGCAAGAGCCGAGCUUGGAUGGCUUGAAGGAAGAAGGAGCAGUGAAAAGUGCCGACGGCGACGACGUGUUCGACUUCAACGAAGCAGUGCCGGAAACAGAGAGACUGGAUUCUAAAGCUCUGAAAACUCGGGCUCAUCUGAUUGUGAAGAGCAAAAGACAAAAACCGUCUAGAACGCGUGUACAAGACAGCGUCAGCUCCACGGAUGGAGAGGACAGCAUCGAGAGGAAGAAUGUCGCAUUGAGCGAUGAUUUCAGCCCCAGCAGCACCAGUUCCGCAGAGCUGAGCGGCCUUGUGGCAGAAAUAAAGUUGGCAGAGCGAUCCCAUUCUCUAGCAUUGUCCUCCGAUGAGAGCCUGGAUAUGAUAGAUGAUGAGAUCCUUGAUGAUGGCCAGUCUCCCAAACACAGUCCCCGCAGUCCGUUUGAGUGGAGCACACAGCAAGUAACUAACUGGCUAAUGAGUCUUCACCUAGAACACUGUGUAACUGAAUUCACGGCACACAAUAUCGACGGAGAACAACUUCUCCAGCUAGACAGUAGCAAGCUCAAGACCCUUGGCGUAAAUUCUCAGGACAGAGCGCUCAUUAGAAAAAAGAUCAAAGACAUGAAAGUGACAGUUGAGAAGUUCCGGAAAGUCAAUGAAAAAAUGGGGAAACAGAAGGAGAGACUCCGGAGGAGGGAGCAAGAUCAGCAAGUGCGGAGAGGGAGGCACGAUAACGAUACGCCUACGGAUGGCGCACGGAGCACGCCAGAGCCAUAACCACUGUAUACUAUGUGAAUAGGACGAUUCCAUGACAAGGAGUUCAGUGUGCACUGUACGCAAGCCUGCAGGCACCGAACAGAUCGAUUACAAUGCUGGUACAAGUAGAGGGGGAGAAAUCACAUGAAAAAUAACGGACUACUCCAUGUCGGGUAGAGAGGGCAAGCAUUGAUG